UGUGUGUGCAUGCAGAUUCGGCGUCGCAUCGAGACGUCCGCUUUUCGAGGUUUAUAAUUCAAUGGUAUUGAUCAUCAAUCUUUGCUUCAAAGAUGACAUCUGUUGGAUUUGCUCCAUGCACUCUAAUUCACCAGAUGGUUUUCCUGUUGAUGAUGUGUAACUCUCCUGGUAUUGGGGCCUCUAUACCCAGUCAACAUGAGACAAUACAAAGUACACCUCGUGUUGUUCCCGAAAGAAAUAAUGAACAUGUUCCACAUCUUCCAGGUCAUUUGAAACCAUUAGGGUCUCAUAGGCCCCCAGAGGAUCCUGGGAUUGAUGUCCUUCACAGAGUUCCAGAUCCUUUAGACUUCUUCAAUAAUUACGUCAAGGAUGGGAAGCCUGUGAUCUUCAAAGGAGCAGCCCGGAAUAUGGAUUCGUAUAAGCUAUGGACAGACAAAUAUCUCAGUGAACACUAUGGCCAUCUGAAUGUGGAGGUGGAGGAAGGAAAGAAGGAGAACAGGUCCAAGGAACUUUGGCAUAUGUCCCUGUCACAGUACAUUCAGAGAUACCAGGAGGAAGAUGUCUAUCUGGUCACUGAUGUGCCUCCUGAGAUGUCAGAUGAGUUUUGCCUGCUAAGGUGUCUUCUCUGCGGUGGAUUCUCUACAUCGUUAGUGGAUACCAUCAUGUGGUACAGCAGUGGAGGUACCAAGUCUGUUCUUCACUUUGAUAGUGUUGACAACAUCAACUGCAUCAUGGACGGGAGCAAGGAAUUCUUUUUAGUUGACAAGAAAGAAGAAUCAAGUAUCAAGAUUGAUCAUCCAGACCAGUCAUUUAGUGCUGUGGAUGUAGACAAAGUGGAUCUUACCAAGUACCCUGGACUGGGCCAGGUUCCUUGGUACAAUGUCACUAUGGAGAAAGGGGACUGUCUCUUCAUACCAUACAGGUGGUUUCACGCUGUUCGGUCAUGGGGAAGAAAUCUUGCGGUAAAUGUUUGGUUUGUCCAUCAGUUGUGGUUCAAUAGAACAGAUUGUUCAGAUGAUCUCUCUACUUUACCAGAAUAUGUGGCUUUGAGCAGCUUCAAAACUAGAGCCAGCUCCUCUGAAUUAUUGAGGUCUGAAAUAGCCAAUUUGAUUACUGAAAACGGUGGAUUGAUUACAAUAAAGGAGAUGUAUUCAAUAGGUCUAUUCCAGCAAUCAACAGAACAGCAAAUGUCACAGCUCUUUCAUUCCCUAGAUGAGAACAAAGAUGAAAAGUUGUCAUUAGAGGAAGCAUACUCAGAGUCUUUCUUGGAAGCAUGUAGGUCAGCGGAUAUAAGGUACGAUGAGGAGGAGGAUGAAGAUCAAUAUGAUGAUGAUGUAAAAGAAGAAGAUGACGAUGAAAGAGGGAAUGAAAUAGAGCAGUCAACUGUCGGAGAAGAUGAGCAUGAGGAGUUAUGACAUUCAUG